GUAGGUUUUUGAAGAGCAGUAAUGUAGACCUAAAGUAUGUGGGUCUCAAAGCAUUAGCAAGUGUGUUUUCUGUGCUGGAGGAAGCUCUCACCCCGAGUCACUUGGAGGCCGUCUUGGAUUGCCUGUAUCACUCGGAUAAAAAUCUUCAGGUGAAAACACUGAGGCUGCUCUGUGCAAUGGCGAAUGCACACAAUUAUCAGGCUGUGUGUUCAACUUUAUUGGAGUUCUUGGACGCACCGAAGGACAGAUGACCCAAAAAGCAAUUCUAGAAGAAUUGUCAUCAAUUUUAGCCAAAUAUUGUACGGAUGUCAUGUGGUGUGUGGAUUUCCUCUCGCCUCUGAUUAUUGGCACAGUGAUUCCAGAAAAAGGCUUGACUGAUACCAUUGUGCAAGUGCUUGAACAGGGAUUUAGUGAAGAAAAGAGCGUAAAGUCAACAACCGAAGCAUCUCAAGAAUUACUUUUGAAAAUAUUUAGCAAAGAAAAGUUGUCUUUGGUUUAUAUAAAUCUUAUAGCUUCAAUUCUCAAUUUGCAGUAUUCUAGAGAUCCCAAGCAAGUCUCCAAGUAUUUUACAGACUUAUUUCUUGAAAAGCUUUUACCUGAAAGUAACCUGAAUGAAAAAGAUGUUUCUGUAUUUAAGUGCCUUAAGAACAUUGGACUAAAUGACGAGAUGGUUCGUUUAGAUAUAAUUUCUUAUUUACAAAAAUUUAUAACAAGCAGCAGUUUUGGUCUUAUUUUCAGGGAAUUAGCCAUUGACAUUUGUGUGUGGCUGGCUUAUCCAAACUUGAGUGUACAGGUUAUCAAGAACCAAGAAAAUAUUUUAUGUCAAAAAGCACAAAUAGAUUUAACUUUAAGCUUUCUUGAUGAUUAUGUUAUUGAAGCUCUUGAGGGUGGUGCUAUUCCUUUUAAGCCAUUUAGUGUUUCCCUGAAUAACUCAAGUUUUGAGGAAAAGGUCAAUAAUGAACUUCAGGAAACAUUUCUGAGCACAUCUACCGUACCAAGCGUGGCAUCUGAUGAUGCUCAGUCGUCAGCUCCCUCAACAAGUACUCAUCUGACAGCCAGCACAUCUGUGAAUAAUGCCACCCUAAGCAGAAGCAUGCUUGCUUGUGGUAAAAGGAUGUGGAGUAACGAAGGCCGAAUUCAUCAGAAGUCAGAGGGCGAAGCAUCAGUAGGAUCCACCACUGAUUUCUCAUUGAAGUCAGUUGGCCAGAAUGGAAAUAAUUUCCCCUUGAAUGAUGAUGAUGAUGAAAAUGAUGACAUGACAGAAGGAAGUGUUGAGCUUGCAGAUGAAGCACAAGAGGACAAACAGAAAGAACAGGACACAUUAUCUCUACAGAGGUCCCAGUUGACUCAAGCAUUACUGGCUGGUUUUGGUAUGGCAAAAUCAAAGUAAAUAAUACCAGGAGUAUUUAUAUGGGAAGUUGCAAUGCAGUAAUGGUGUUCUACAUUGAGGGUUACAUUAUAUAUAUAUUUUUUUUUGUCGCCUGUUCGUGCUUGGAUAUUUCAUGAUGACUUUCUAUCCUGUUGAAUGUGGGAACAUUUACUGACAUUAAAGAUUUGUUUUAUUUUUUUUUCACAUUGAUGUGCAAGUGUAUAGUCAUUAAAGAGUCAAUUACUAAAGUCCUUUUUAGAACCCACCUGUUUACCUCAUUCCUUGAAUUUUCGUGGAGAAAAGUUUUCAUAAUUGUGAUGAUGAUGAUGAUGAUUACUAUUAUAAUAAUGAUGAUGACGACAAUGAUCCACUCCCAGAGGAGACAAACAAUCUCCGGCUGAUAAGCCAAUAGGACGGGACUGGCAAUCUUUGGUGCCAAACAGUGUCGGAAGGUCCACAUUUUCCCAUGGCAACAAUGGAUGCCAAAUAUGCCGGAUGGGAUCAUUAUUAUUAUUAAUGAUGAGGAUGAUGUUAAUGUCAGGGAGCCAUCUUUGUGUUUAUAGAAGAAAAAGAAAAAAAAAUCCAUAGUGGAAUGUGCUUGGCUACAUGCAUUCUUAGUAUCAUUAGGUGAACUGGUAUCUUUUGCUAUGUAGUAAGACGAGUACUAUGUAUUUUGACGGUUUUAAUGGAAAAUGUAAAUAAUUUACAUGUACAACCUUUGUUUAAUAUUACCAUAAUGUU